CAUCAGCCGCAAAGUCAUUGUCCAUGAUGCAACCGGAGCGUUAGCAUCAAUUUUCGUUUCUUUCACCGCUUACUUGCUUAUCUCAGUUUCAGCGCUGGUGGUGCGUUAAAUGUACUGUUGCUUCUUUGUUACACUUUUUUUUUCAUAUGUGCUUCGGUGACACCGUUUCGAAAGGAUAAACGUUUUACGAUAAUCUCCUGAUCUGGUUGCUGUGCGAAGAACCCAUUGUGUAUGACGUUAAUCGUUAAUUAUAUCCAGUGACAGAGAACUGUUCAUCAUCCGCGAAGGCGCGCUGCUUGCGGGAAGAUCAAUUUACAUCAAAUACCGUUACGGAUUCCACAGGCAGUAGGCCUGGUGAAAAGAAAACUAACGGGUGAAACAGUGCUGCUGCUGCUGUUGCUGCUGAAGAAAAUUGCAAAGGCAUUAGUUUUUCGCAUCGAAGAACGGGUUACAAGAAAGACAACCAGCAAGAAUUUGCGGUGAAUUGUGAAUAGUGAUUGGAUAAAAAAAAGAUCGGAAACACAUUUACGAAAGUUGAAGAUUUCACUCGCAUCGGUUAUGAAAACGCGCAUAUCAAGGGAUAUGAUAGCAUCAUUUUUACUGCUAUGCCUGGCAGUAAAUUUUGCUGCCGGGCGAAUAGCAUUUGAAAAGUUGACGGAUUUUGACUUCCAAGGAACAACGUAUUACAGUGUUAAAAACCUUUCAUUAUAUGAGUGCCAAGGAUGGUGUCGAGAAGAACCCGACUGUCAAGCAGCCGCCUUCAGUUUCGUUGUCAAUCCUUUGACACCAGCGCAGGAAACACUCUGUCAGCUGCAAAAUGUCACAGCAGCCAACAACCCUGCGAGUACACCGCAGCGGUCAUCUAGCAUGUAUUACAUGGUGAAACUGCAACUGCGGUCGGAAAAUGCGUGCCAGCGGCCUUGGAAUUUCGAGCGAGUUCCAAACAAAAUCAUCCGAGGUCUUGACAAUGCGCUGAUCUACACCAGCACAAAAGAAGCAUGCCUUUCCGCUUGUUUGAAUGAAAAACGGUUCAUUUGCCGUUCGGUGGAGUACGACUACAAUAACAUGAAAUGCGUGUUAAGUGAUUCAGAUAGGAGAACAACUGGACAAUUGGUUCAGCUGGUUGAUGCCCAGGGCGUAGACUAUUUCGAGAAUCUUUGUUUGAAACCAGGCCAAGCGUGCAAAUUCACCAGGGGCUUCCAGCUUCCACGCACGGGCGUUUCAGAAGAUAAGGUCUCGCAAUAUGUGGGUCUCCAUUACUACACCGACAAGGAACUGCAAGUCACUUCGGAUUCGGCAUGCAAAUUAGCUUGUGAAAUUGAAACGGAGUUCCUCUGUCGGUCGUUCCUGUACAUGGGACACCCGGUUGGGUCGCAGUAUAAUUGCCGCCUGUAUCACCUCGAUCACAAAUCGCUGCCCGACGGACCCUCGACGUACUUAAAUGGAGAGCGACCAUUGAUCGAUGUUGGAGAGCCCUCAGGAGUGUACUACGAAAACUCAUGUGAAAAGGCUGGACCUGGAGAAAAUUCGUUGCCUGUGGUAUUCGAUGCCGCCGAGGACCACUCAAUCAACAACUUGACCAGGAACGAUGCCAACUGUGAUAAAACUGGAACCUGUUACGAUGUAUCUGUGCAUUGCAAAGACACGCGAAUUGCCGUGCAAGUUCGCACCAACAAACCAUUCAAUGGACGUAUCUAUGCUCUGGGACGAUCCGAAACGUGCAAUAUCGAUGUGAUCAAUUCGGAUUCCUUCCGGUUGGAUCUCACAAUGGGAGGACAGGACUGUAAUACGCAGAGUGCCACCGGAAUCUACAGCAAUACUGUGGUUCUGCAACACCACUCAGUCGUCAUGACCAAGGCGGAUAAGAUCUACAAGGUGAAGUGCACCUACGACAUGAGCUCUAAGAAUAUUUCCUUCGGAAUGCUGCCGAUUCGCGAUCCAGAAAUGAUCCACAUUAACUCCUCACCCGAAGCUCCACCACCGAGGAUCCGCAUUCUGGACGCCAGAACUCGCGAAGUGGAAACUGUGCGCAUUGGAGAUCGUCUCACAUUCCGUAUUGAAAUUCCGGAGGAUACUCCUUACGGUAUCUUUGCCCGAUCAUGCGUUGCGAUGGCCAAGGACUCCAAGAGCACGUUCCAGAUCAUCGACGACGAUGGAUGCCCUGUGGAUCCGAGCAUUUUCCCCGCAUUCACCCAGGAUGGAAAUGCCCUGCAGUCGAUAUACGAAGCGUUCAGGUUCACCGAGAGCUAUGGCGUGAUCUUCCAAUGUAACGUCAAAUACUGCCUGGGACCGUGCGAACCGGCGGUGUGUGAAUGGGGACGUGAUUCAGUAGAGUCCUGGGGCAGAAAGCGUCGUUCCGUGACGAGAAACGAAACCAUCACGGAAGAAGAGGAAGAAGAAAUGAACAUUUCGCAAGAAAUUCUGGUUCUCGACUUUGGAGAUGAGAAGAACCGUGACUUCCUGAGAAGUGAAGCCAGCACGGAGUAUGGUAGAGAUAAAACCGUCACCAUAAUCGAACCGUGUCCGACCAAAACCUCAGUAUUAGCGCUGGCCGUGACGUGCUCUCUAAUGGUUCUGGUCUACAUGUCGACCCUGUUCUGCUACUACAUGAAAAAGUGGAUCCAACCACACAAAGUCAUGGCUUAGGACGGCGAAAGCGCGAACGGCAACACAACGAUGUCAAUCACUCAGCAUUAGCCUAAUUUAUUUAUUGUGCUGUACUAGUUUGAUAAGAGCGAGUUCUUCUUCCCGAUAAGCAAAAAAAAAUCAGAUGACAAAAAGCGCUCUGUGAAUCAUAACCGAUGCGGGAGUAGGGCCAACAAAAUUAUCGAAUCGAUUAUUUAUUAAGAUUAUUACGAGGAGUGAAUUGUUCCAUUCACCUCAAAAGUUGUUUAUAAGUAUUUAUUGGGACUGUGACGGACGAUCAUACUUCAGACUUAGGAGCAUAUAAGACGGGCAUUUUAAAAUAAAGUGCUCGAUUGCUCGAUAAAACAACAAACUUUGCUACGACUGAAAUAAAAUGUCAAAGUUAAAUUAAACGGAGUUAGAGGACAAUCUAUGUCAAUGAAUGUUGGUAUAAAUUAUUUAUAUAUGAAAGGACGAAUAUAUUUGAUGUAUACUAAUGUUAACAAUCUUAAACUCUGAUCCACUGAAAGAGUUGAUCGAAAACGAUGUCACCGGUAUGGAAGUUUCGAAAAACCGGUUAUCUCAUUAGUGCCACAACAGAGAUGAAUUGCUUUGUAUCUCGAGAACCGAAACAAGUUGGCCUAAAUACUGCUUCUGUGUUCCAAUUAGGCGGAAUAUUACAACAAAUAGAUUAUCUAACAAUUCUUAACAGGUCGCCUUAAAGGAAUUCAAUUUAAUCAUGUAAAUUAGUAGCUUUUCCACAACAAACCAAUUUUUCAAAAUUACAGUUUAUUUAUCCUUGAUUUACAACCGGCAAAUGAUUGUUUGCUUUUAAUCACUAGCAAGCAUGACAUCGUUUUCACCAAAAAAAACUUAUACUUCUUAAAUAUCUUAAAACCUUACCACCAAGAUUUAGCAAUAGUAGUACAUUAAAAUUCAAUUACGUUAUAUGCUAUUUUGAAUAGAACAAUAGAACAGCAACAUUAUUUUCUUAAUUUUUUAUCUUCAUAACAUGCUGAUUCAUAAUCUUAAAAUGCAUUCAAUCAACAUGUGGUUAAGGUUUCCGAUAUUUAAGAAUAUUUGUAAAGAAGCGUAGAAAAGCGAUCGUCGAGAAGAUGGCUCUUUCUAUUGGGUUAAUCAUUGUUUGGUAGAUUGCACGAGCGUAGUAAAUUGCUGUAGAAGAAAAGAAAUACAAGAACAUAACGCCAGCUGAAGCUUACUCAUAUGUACAAGCAAUGACGAAACUAACAAUUUGUAACCCAUAUAGAGAUUGCGUGUCAUUUAGGAUAGUAAUUUAUUUUAAACCCAUAGUUAAUUCACAGCCACACAAAACAGUAUCAUUCGAACAUUGUCAGAAAUAGGGAUUCUGAUUCGAAACAUUAUCAUCGUAUUUAUUUUAAAUCAUUGACAUCAUCACCAUCUAGUACAUUAAGAUCAUUUUAAAUAAUACAACGACGAAAAAGCAAAUGCAAAAUCCUGCCCGUUAGAAUUUAAUGGAAAAAGAAACUCUACUCUUACUCAAUGACUUUUUGAUAGUAAUAAAUUUUUAUGCAACGUA